UUCUGUUGAAAACGCAUUAUUGCAGACUUAGCUGGCUUCACGAUAGUAUAUGGUUUUCGUUGAUUUAGCAAAAAACGAGUAUACGGUUAACGUUUGAAAUGGGAACAGCAACUAUGGGUUCAAAAUUUCAAAAAUGACCAAUGCAGAAUUCAAGCGGGAUGACUAGCUUACUCAAGAAUAAAUUUCGAUUUCCUGGCUGAUCGUUGGAGUUCUAAAUCGUUAGCUUUACAUAUUGUACUUGACACUGUCCUAUAAUAAAUUCGACACUUUAUUCAGUGAAACACUUGUAGGUCGAUGCUAUGUUUACACAUGUUGGUCGUAGUGAUUGGUUAUGUCUAGUUGAAAGCGUUCAUAGACGUACAAAUCGUAGAGAUGAAUCAGCGGAGACUUUGCUCUCAAUCAAAAAUGGCGGGUACCCAUUGGUCGAUGAGAUCAAGAAAGAAAAUCUCGACGAUGAAUUGAUGGAUAUAGAUGAUAACUCACACUGGAAUAAUUCUAUGGAUGAUUCAAAUAUGGAUGCUGAAGAUUCCGAACCAAUGCCGGAGCUCGGACCUGCCGCUCUAGGCCUACAAAGAGUUGGUACGCAACCACCACCCAAGCCAAAUCCACCAACACAGCCAAUUCAAGUAUUGAAUCGCAGAGGGAUGCCUGCAAGAAUUAGGAAAAAGAAUAAACUCUUUUAUGAUGACAUUCUUGUCAACCACCCACAUCACAGAAUAAAGAAAGAUCCUAGUUUGGAAUCGAAACAUUCUCCAAAGAGAGUGCCUAAGCCAUCCCCUGUCAAAAAGCAACCCAGAUAUCUCAAUGAUUCUAAGAGGAGUAGCGGUACUCCUUCGCAGCCAUCAACACCAGUGACUACACCCAUUAAACAAGAGAAGGAACCAGAAAGACCGCCUCAGCUAGCAUCUCCAGAUAAGAAAAUUGGACAGAAGAUUGGCAUGAGACUGAGAAAUCUUUUGAAAUUACCCAAAGCACAUAAAUGGGUCUGUUAUGAAUGGUUCUACAGUAAUAUUGACAAAACGCUCUUCGAUGGUGAUAACGACUUCAUGAUAUGUUUGAAGGAGUCAUUUCCACAGUUAAAAACGCGAAAGUUAACUCGCGUCGAAUGGUGUAAGAUUCGUAGAAUGAUGGGAAAGCCACGACGGUGUUCUCCAUCUUUCUUCGAUGAAGAGAGGCGAGAGCUAGAACGAAAAAGACAGAAAAUCAGAAUGCUGCAGCAACGUAAAACAGCAGAUAUUAGUAGUUUCAAAGAUAUACCUGCAGAAAUUCCCUUGCAGCUAGUGAUAGGCACAAAGGUUACCGCUAGGCUGAGAAAACCACAAGAUGGUCUUUUUACUGGAAGCAUAGACGCGGUAGAUACCAGCAACAACACCUACAGAAUCACCUUUGAAAGAACUGGUCUCGGGACUCAUAGCGUGCCUGACUACGAAGUUCUGUCCAACGAUCCACCAGAAACAAUCAGUGUUGCUUCAUUUGCGCAAAAGUUCAGACCUCGCCAAGUACAAUAUGUGCCCUCACCGCCAUAUGCGAUGAAGUUAAUGUCACCAAAAUUGAAUAAUGACCCAUUAAUAUCGAAUGCUUCGGUAUCACUUCCAAAGAAACCCCAUAUUGGAGGAACGAUGAAUGGCUAUCCCCUGAAACUGCUUGAACUUAUGGUCAAUGUUGACAAAAUAUUAGCAGCUAAGAAAAUAAAGAUAAAGAAAUUGAAAGAGAUGAAUGGAGAAGCGGAACGAAGAAGAUCUUAUGGUGAACCUUUGCCAGCUGAUUUUGAAAGAAGAUACGCAGGGAUAGUCGUGGAACUUGAAAAAAUGAAUGUAGCGCUACAGGACUUUUUGAACGAUGUACAAGAACUGUGUCAGGAAAUGGCUCCGGAACCUAGUGUAGCCGCAAUGUUAGCCCCGUCUCACUUACGAGAAAAAUGUCGUCAAGAAGCAGCAGAUAUGGUUAAUAGAAAUGAUGUAAUGAAUGAUCGUGCACCCGCAAAAAUGAGCCAGCUUGUCACAGAUCUCACCGCUCUUAUGCUUCAAGUGAAGAGCCUAUCCGACUCUGAUCGGAAUGCCUAUGAACUGAAAGUACUCCAAGGAACUAUGGAACAGAUCCGAUCAAAACUGAGUCCUCAAAAUCAACAGGUAUUUCAAAACUGUGUCGAAAUCCAUAUGCAGCACAUUCAACUCGGCUUGGGACAAAUAGGCGCUCUGACUCCAUUCAUGGCUCAAAAAGUUUAGUGUUAGUUUUAUUCAAUCAACGUACUUCAAAUGAAUAGCAGAAGAAAAAUUAUUACAUUGCCGCAUGCAAGUGCGUUUUAAAUGUUAUUCAAAGAAAAUUUUCGCAGUAGAUAACUGCGGAUUAAAUCAUGCUUCCUCAAUUCGUUGUACGCAACACAACCCUGAGUUUGAAUUGUUUCGGACAUGACCCUAUGGAAUAUACCUUAUGGUUAAAAAAAAAAGCCAUUGCCUUGGACAUGUCCGAUAAUUUGACAUUGGUUACUGAUUUUUCGCGGCGUUGAUCUUUCAAUCAUAUAUACUAACACGCUAUACAUACACUUUGUCUACAUGCGUACAAUCAUUCGAAGAUGUAUGUUUUGUUUCAUCAAAUAUAUAGGGGAAUGUAUACUUUUAUCUCUGUAAUGACGGAAUUUAAAUCAAGUAAACCGAUUCGAACUAACGCGGAAUAGUCCUUAAUGCAAUUGUGUUGCGAUCACUUACAUUGGGUCAUCUCCAAAGAUUUUUCUUCAGUUAUUUACAUUGAACGCGAAUAAUUUUUUUGGUAAUUUAGUUGUUGACCUGCCACUAGCAUAAUCAUAAAUGAAGUCUAGACUGUAAACAUGUCUUGUUUUGUCUUCUUUGCUAAGGAUUUUUCAUAUUCAUUCAUAAAUUUUUGCACAAUCGUUAACAGUUAAUUGCACAAUUACUAAGCAAGUUACAAAUAAUGUAUGCGGUUACAAAUGCAAAUACCUACCGCAUAAUUAGCUAUAAAUUAUAACUGUAUAACAUUAGAUUAUAAGGAAAACGAAUUAUCAUAUGAAAUGUAAUUAGAAAGUUGAGUUGAAUACUUUAGAUUGAAAAAUAUUAAAUAAUUAUUAUAUAUAUAUAUAUAUAUUCAUACUCUCAUAAACGAUUGCAGAUUGAUAUUUUAACAGAACAAAAUGCAAAUUGUAGAAAACGAUCAUUACCGGUCGGCUGUAUUGCAUUACUAUAAAGUCUAUUUAAAAUACUAAAGGAAAAUAAUGUGACACAGUUUCAUCAAUUGCGAUACAGAUUCCCAAAUUUCUUUGUGUACUCUAAAUGAAUAUAUUUCUUAUUAUCAUAAAACUAUUGAAUUUGAAAUCCAAAUAUUGUUGGUAAUCAAGGAGAAGAAAAAAUCAAUUCGAUAUAGUUACAUUUAGCAACAUGAUGUGGAUGCUUUAUUAUUUAUGUACAGUUAGUUGUGAAACCCUGAUAACUUAUCAGACAGCGUACCUUUUUUUUUUGUUUCUAAUAUUGUUUCAUGGAAAUUAUAUGCUCGUUUCCAUACAUUUAGUCUGGUACAAGUAUAAAAUCAAAUUCUUCAACAAAUGAAUAAAAAUAACUAAACAACACCGACACUCACUAAAAA